UCCUGUUGCCUUUAGUUGUACUGUCAAAGAGAUGUUCAUCAUAUGUAUAAACUUCAACAUAACCUAAAAUACUGUUAAAAAGUGGUAGUUCCGCGUGUUAUUUUUAAUAAUUAAUUUUGUUAUUAAAAUCUUUCUCAUUUUAUCGCUUUAUUUACAAUGGGGAAAGUAAGAUCAGCUCCGGGCGCCCCUCGGAAAGAGGGGUUCAAUAAAUCUGGGCACUCGAUGAAUCCCGAGAGGCCUACGGAGGGUUUAAAAGGGGUUGGUAAACCAAGAACUAAAGGAACCAUCAAAAGACUUCAAAUGUACCGUAAUUUUAAAGCUAAACGAGAUAAAACUGGCAAAAUUCUCACACCUGCGCCAUUUCAAGGCUGGCUUCCAUCAGGUACUAGAGCUAGAGUAGAACCGAAUCAGAAAUGGUUUGGAAACUCUAGGGUUAUUUCACAAGGAGCUUUACAGAAAUUUCAAGAAGAAUUUGGAGCAGCAAUCAAGAAUCCUUAUCAAGUAGUUAUGAAGCCAACAAAUUUACCUAUAACCUUGUUAAAUGAAAAAGCUAAACAUGCAAGAGUGCAUCUCUUAGAUACGGAAGGCUUUGAUAAAACAUUUGGACCAAAGAAACAAAGAAAAAGAGUCAAUUUAAAAUUUAAUGAUCUUGAAACUCUGUCUAAAGUAGUUGAAGAAAACACUGAAAAAUAUGAUGAAAGCAAAGAUGUGGAUAGGGUUCGAGAAGACAGUGGUAUGAAGGAAGGACAAAGGGAGUGGAUAUUCGGAGCUGGAAUGAGUAGAAGAAUCUGGAAUGAACUAUACAAAGUUAUUGAUUCUUCAGAUGUACUGUUGCAAAUUCUUGAUGCAAGGGAUCCAAUGGGUACCAGAAGUCCGUAUGUAGAAAAAUUUCUCAGAGAAGAAAAACCACACAAACACUUAAUAUUUAUUUUAAAUAAAGUUGAUUUAGUUCCCAAUUGGGUAACUCAAAGAUGGGUUGCUAUACUAAGUUCAGAGUAUCCAACCGUAGCAUUUCAUGCUUCUAUGACUCACCCAUUUGGCAAAGGAUCACUUAUUAAUUUAUUGCGACAGUUUGCUAAAUUACACAUAGAUAAGAAACAAAUAAGUGUAGGACUUAUUGGUUAUCCAAAUGUUGGCAAAUCUUCAGUGAUUAAUACAUUACGAGCAAAAAAAGUCUGUAAAGUGGCUCCUAUAGCAGGUGAAACAAAGGUCUGGCAAUACAUAACACUAAUGAGAAGAAUAUUUUUGAUUGAUUGCCCAGGAAUUGUUUAUCCCUCUGCUGAAACAGACACUGAAAAAGUUUUAAAAGGAGUUGUUAGAGUUGAACUUGUGCAAAACCCUGAAGAUUAUAUAGAGGAAGUUAUUAAACGAGUUAGAAAGGAAUAUUUGAUAAAAACAUAUAAAGUUGAUGGCUGGACAAAUGCAACAGAUUUUUUAGAAAAAUUGGCAGCUCGCACUGGUAAAUUGCUAAAAAAAGGAGAACCUGAUGUUCCUUCAGUAGCUAAAAUGGUACUCAACGAUUGGCAAAGAGGCAAGCUUCCAUUUUAUGUAGCACCUGAAGGUUUUGAGGUACCUUUAUCAAAGCAACUAAAUGAUGUAAAAACCAAAGAAACAGUGACAAAGAGUGUAGAAGAAAAAACAGAUGAUUGUCAACAAGAAGCAAUAGCAACAGAAACUAAUGAUGAUACAGAAAAGACACCUUUAAUAGUAAAUAAGUUGGUUAUUGCUCAAGAUUUUGCUAAAAUCCGUGUAGGCUUGCAAUUUGAUAAUGAAGACGAUGUUAAGCCUCUUGAAAAGGUUGAAAUUCCAGAGGAGUUACAAGGCAUUGAUGAACAAAAUGAGAGCAAGUCACAAAAUGGAGAUGCAGAAAAAGAUAUCAAUAAUGAAGACAGUGAUUCAGAUAUAAGCAGUUUUUAUAGUGGUGAUGAAAAUGUAUGUAGUGAUGUAGAAGAUUAUUUAACAAAUGACCCUGAAACUGUGAAAGAGAAUAAAAGAAGAAGACUGGAAGUUGCCAGUGGUACGUUCACAGUGGAAGAAAUGCCAAAAGAAAAACAAAAUAAAGUUCCUGUUAAAGCUAAAUUGACAGCAAAAGAAAGAAGAGCCCUAGAUAGGGCACAAAAGCGUACUAAAACAGGGAGCAACUUUUAUGAAGUUUCUAAUAUGUCUUCUGGGAGCGAAAGCGAUGACGAUUAUGUGCCGGGUGAGCCGGAAAAAGUGUCGGAAGAAGAAUCUGCAGAUGAUGAAACCGACUUACAGUUUGAAAAAGAACUUGAACACAAAACGAAUAAACGAAAAUCUGCAAAAUCAUGCAAGGGUAAAAAGAAAAAAAUAAAAAAAACUGUUGAAGACGUUUUUUCUGACUCAAAUGAAGAAAUACAAGAAAAGAACCUAAUAUUGGGAGACCCGGAGGAAGAAAAAAAGCGACAGGAUGAUUUAUGGGCAAAGUUUUUGGAGGGAACAGACACUAAACCUAAAUCUGCAACAAAAGAAUUAAAUGACACAAAACUAGUGGCUAAAAAUAUAGAGCCUAAAAAAGAGGAAAAUGUUCAAGAAACAGGAGAUGAUAAAGAAAGGGAAAGAAGAAUAUUUGAAUUUGCUGGAGAAACUAUUGUAGUCGAAAAUGACACAAUCAAAGAAAAAAUUAAAACACCAGAGAGUACAGAAAAGGUACAAAAGUUAGAUGGACCAUCACGAAGUCGCGGAGGGGGAUUGUCAAAUCUGUUGGGUCAGUUAAAUAAAAAAAACCAACUGUCCACUCUGGAAAAGUCUAAACUAGAUUGGAAUACAUAUAAAAAAGUGGAAGGAAUAGAAGAAGAAAUCGUGAAUCACAAUAAAGGAAAGGCGGGAUAUUUGGAUCGCCGAGACUUUUUGGAUAGGACAGAUGUGCGUCAGUAUGAGUUAGAGCGGGAUUUGCGAAUGAGUAAACGAAGCAACCGAUAAAUAAGAACAAUUAAUAUUUACUAUUAUACUCACUAUGUUAUAAGAAUUUAAUUUGUAGUUGUCACUGACAUCUUAAUAAAAUAUGCCAGUGGAAA